CUCUCUCCUCUCUCUCUCUCUCUGUCUGUCUGUGUGUGUGUGUGUGUGUGUGUGUGUGUGUCCGUUAUUCACUGUGCUGUUCCGUCUUUGUCAUUAUUAGGCCUUCACCGGUCUCCUGUCUAUCGGAGUGUGUGUGUGUGUGUGUGUGUGUGCGUGCGCGCACUUGCAUUUUUCACGUACAAAAAUGAUUCAUAAUCCUUGGGUGGCCACUUACUUGAAACAUGUCAAGUUUUUUGAACAAGGCAUCACAGCGGACAGCCCUGCCUCCCAUCUCCUCAAGCAGAGAUCACACAGUUUUGAGAUCAAUCGCCCUCCCUCACUGAAGGCUGGGCUGGUGAAAAGUGCCUCUGACAUCGAAGCCAACCUCCGAGCCAUCCUACCCAAGGUUUCGGAAUUACGAAAGCACUUUGAAACCGCAAAGUGGAGUGAAUCAGAAAUGAACAGGAAAGAGCGCAUUGCCCGGAGGUUUGAAGGAAUCGAAACAGACACCCCACCUGCUCUUGUUCCCAGCAUGCAAAGCGUACCCGGGCUGGUGGCCAAUCGGCUGUUGGAGGAGGACACGCCCCGAUACAUGCGGGCAUCAGACCCAUGCGACCCAGGAAUUAUGGUGCGCCGUUACCCUGGCGAUGAGUCUCAGAGUUCCACCACGGAACGCCAGUCUCGUGCCCGUAACCGGGGGGAGCCUGGAAGCUCCUCCCAGCAAGGGUCUGUGCCUCCGGGGGUUCCCUCGGACACGGUUCCAAGCCUCGUGGGCAGCACCAAGGCCGAGAGGAUCGCCCGCUAUAAGGCGGAACGCCGACGCCAGCUCUCGGAGCGCUACGGAAUCCUGCUGGACCAGGAGGCGGAGCCAGAACGCCGUCCCCGCCAGUCACGCUCACGCAGGGAGGAAGAGGAGGGGCGUAGUCAUGGUGAUGAGAGGGGCUGGCCUCAGUACAGCCAAUCAGGUGUAGGACGUGUCUUCAUGCCAGCCAAUCCUGACCCCACACCAGCGAAGCCCCUCCCACCUGAGAGAGGAAGGCGGGGCUCGUUGUCUGAGCGGGAGAACAACAGACCAGAGGGUGCCCCCGUCCCCAUGGAGACGGCCCUGGCCAGAGGGGCGGGUGCUACUGCCGUGCCCAGCUCCCCGCGCUCCGCCAGGCGGGCGUCACUACCCACCACCCGCCACGGCGUCUCCCCCGGCGACCUGUUCAUCGAACAGCAGGCUCACAACAUCCUCAGCAGACAGGGUGAUGUGAAGGCGGCCCCAGCCCCAGCCCCAGCCCCAGCCCCAGCCCCAGCCCCAGUGGUGCCGGAGGGUGAUGUGUUGGCAGCUGAUUGGGAGCGAGGCACCCGUCGGCCCCGCCGCUACAUCACCACGGGAGAUGACAGGAAGUCGUCCGAGAGGUUCCACACUCAGCCAAUCACCUCCGCCGAACGGCUGGAAUCUGACAGGUCCCGUCUGAGUCCCACUCAACUUCAGAAUGAUGAAGGAGACGAGGAGAAGUUAGACGAGAGGGCAAAGAUGAGUGUGGCUGCAAAGAGGUCUCUCUUUAGGGAGCUGGAGAGGAGUGCUGAGGGUAUUAUUCCUAAGCCCCGGUCUCGUAACGCAGCCGUAGAGCGUCGCCUCCGCCGUGCCAUGGAGCGCUCACACACCCAGCCCGUCACCCCACAGGAAGUGGUCAUCGCCACCACGUGCACUGCACCACCUGCCCCACUGGUCCCUGUACAGACUACAGUUCCCAGAAUCCCCAGCCCUGCUGUAGUCAGCACCACCAUGACCAGCUUCAGCCUACAAGCUUCUUCAGCUCAUGGUUCGGCCUUAAAGGAACAGGAGGAAGAGGCUCCGCCCAAAAGGGUGCUACCUAGCGUGGAAGGGGCGGGGUCAGAUCAGCCUGACCUAUCGGCUCUCAGCCUUUCUGAGAAGAUGGCGCUUUUUAACCGCCUGUCACAGUCCGGGGCCCGCCCCCCUGACUCCAAGGCCCGCCCCCCGGACUCCAAGGCCCGCCGUGGCAACGCCCGCUUCCAGACUCAACCAAUCACACAAGACGAAGUGAUGCAGGAACUAGAGCAGGAAGUCCCACCCCCUCCUGUAACAGAGCCCACCCCUGUGAUUGACAGCUCUUUAGAGCAACCACAGGGAGAGCAAGUAAGAAACCGUGCCCCUGGUACCAACCGCAGCUUCUGA